AGACUUACUUCAAGGUGUACUCAGACAAACAGCGCUGCCUUCAUAUCACCCCUGUGAGCCGAGGGAGAAUUGAGCAUCAGAGUGGAUCCCAGGUUCCUUACUGACAGAGUGGAGUUAGUCUUACAGUCACCUCAUCAUCGCUUACAACUCAAAGGGCCACAUGAAGCUUUGUCCUCUCUUUGCAUCCGUCUUUUCAAAGGACAGCUUUUAUCUACUGGUUAUGGCCCUUCUCCCUGUGUUGAUGGUUUUGAUGGUGGUUGCCGCAGCAACAGGGGCCCAUGCAGGCAGUGACGAGAAUGAGCUGGAUUACGGGUACUGGAACUACAGAGAAGGAGCUGACAGAGUUAACGUGGCCUCGGUGCGCAGUGUGACCAGAGUUUUGGACGCCUGGGGAAAACACAUCUUCAGGGAGAUAAAGACUUUACUGCACUCCCAGCCCAGCACUCUGCUGCCUGACGUCUCAAGGGUGCGCCCUCUGUCCGAGUCUCUUAAUGAUCUCUUUAGGGAAGUCUCCCUGCUGCGACACCGUAUCACCGAGCUUUCGCAUCGCCUAGCAACGCUGGAGCCCUACCUCCGUCGCCACGGCUACCGCGGGGAUGAUAUGGAAGAGGCGAGAGGCAAGAGGGCUCAGGGUCUUCAUGGGGUGGCCACCGCUGAGGGCAUAGAGAGGGCGAGGGGGAGCCGGGUGGUGAGGAGGAGACGGGUGAGGGUCCUCAAGAACCAGGGUGCUAGUUCAGGCUGAAGGCCAGAGGACUGGACCGAGGGAGGGUGGGAAGAUCACAGAAAGUUAUAUAUAGUUACUGAGGGAACUGUGGAGUCUUUGUAUGUGAAAUGAUGUACAUAGACUCAUAUGCAACGCAGAAAUGCUGAAUUUUGAUUGUGUGACUCGACAAACGCAUCACUCAGAAGUGAUACUCUGUAUGUAUUAGUCUAUAGGCCAUAACACUUUACUUCUGUUCCCAAAACCAGUCUGCUUUACUCCAGUCAGUUCCAGGGGCCGGCUCAGAGUCUGCUGCAUCUUCUCUAAGCUUGUGUUAUUUUUACUAGGUUGUUUAUACACUAAUUUGAUCAAAACAAACAUUUAAUUUCACUACUGAAGGACACUGAGGACAUUUGGUAACUAGAAUACAACAAGAUCAAUAAGUUAGACCUACUGUUGUAAGAAAAUCUGUAUCGUUUUUGUCCUGUGGUUGCCAGAGGGAUGCAGGACAUCUGCUUACCUGCUGGUGUGAUUCUUUAACUUUUAAACUGGUUCAAAUCUCUAAAACCUGCUCUUAACAGGUUUGUUUCUUUAAAAAAGUAUUUUUUUUAGAGUUUUAUCUUUAAUAUGUUAUGUAUGUUGUCCUGUUUAACAUUGUUGCAUGAUAAAAUGAAGUGAUUUAAUAGGUGGAUACCAUCAAAUAGCCUCUGUCCUGUUUGUUUUACUGAGACAACAAAGAUAUUAUGAAAAUUGGAAUUCUGUUACAGAGUAUUCACUGAAAUCAAACAAAUUCAAUGUAUUCAUUUUAUUUCGACUUGUGGUUUUUCUACAAAUAUAAAAGGUGGAUUAAAUAAACCAAUCAAAAGACUUAAAAUUAAAUAAUAUGAUGGGAAUUUUGUAA